ACUGUCUCACCUUCAGUUGUUUUGUAACAUUACAAGUGGAAAGUUGUACUGCUUUCAUAAAUAGUGACGUAUCUCGUGUUAAGUCAGCCUUAUAGUGUCGUUGAAAUAAUUCACGAAAAUUUCUUAGAAAAUUUUAAAACCUCUUUCCUCUAAAGUUAACUUUUUUUGGGUUAUGCCACUAUCAAAGUAAACUAGCGAUGUAUUCUAGUGUACAUAUCAAUGCGGUUAAAUCACUUAAAUUGAAUGAUGUUAUAAACAAAACAUUAGAUCCCAUGUAGUUUUUUUUAUUAUUGAUUUUCCGAAGAGAUACGAAAUAAACCGAAUAUCAACGAUGAUUAUACCGUGCGCUAACCUGUCAAUUUGAUUUGCGCAAGUAUGAUCGGUGCCUGUCACAUCCGCUCCUUCUAAUUAAAUAUUUAAACGCAUAAAUAUGCAAUUAUAUUGCAUAAAUCAGUGGUUACAGUGCUAUUUUUUGUUUUAAAUUUUUGUAUCUGUACUAUAUAUUAUAAAUCUCUAAACGUAGUAAAAAAUGUCGGAAAUUCGUAAAAGAACAAUCGGAGAUACAUCGCCAGAAACGCGGGAUGUCAGUGAUGAUCAGAAAGAAGAUGUGGAAUCUGAAGAUGAUGCAAAGUUGGAAGUUGAGGAAUUGGCUAAAGCCAUACCACAAGGAACAGAUCAUACUCCUCACAUAUUGGAUUCAGCUCUUUCUGGCUUAUCUGAUCGCUGGAGGAAUUGGGUAAUUAGGAGUAUUUUUACCUUGUUUAUGAUUGUUGGAUUUUGCGGUAUUAUUUAUAUUGGACCAUUAGCACUGAUGGCUACAACAUUAAUUGUUCAAGUGAAAUGUUUCCAAGAGAUCAUUAACAUUGGGUAUGCAGUUUAUAGAAUUCAUGGUUUACCUUGGUUCAGAUCUUUAUCAUGGUAUUUCUUAAUUACUUCCAAUUACUUCUUUUAUGGAGAAAAUUUAAUGGACUAUUUUGCUGUAGUAAUUAACCGUACAGAAUAUUUACGUGUACUUGUUACAUAUCAUCGUUUUAUUUCCUUUUGUCUAUAUAUUGUUGGUUUUGUAUGGUUUGUACUAUCACUUGUAAAAAAGUAUUAUAUGAAACAAUUUUCCUUAUUUGCUUGGACUCAUGUUGCUCUACUUAUUGUUGUAACUCAAAGUUAUCUUAUAAUUCAGAAUAUUUUUGAGGGCUUGAUAUGGUUCAUUGUUCCAGUUAGUAUGAUAGUGAUAAACGAUGUAAUGGCGUAUAUGUUCGGUUUUUUCUUUGGUAAAACACCGUUGAUUAAAUUAUCACCAAAAAAGACUUGGGAAGGUUUUAUAGGUGGUGGUAUUUCAACAGUUUUGCUUGGUUUACUGGUAUCAUACAUCAUGUGUCAGUAUCGUUACUUUGUUUGCCCUAUAGAAUAUAGUGAGGCUUUAGGGCGAAUGACUAUGGAUUGUGAACCGUCUUCUUUGUUUCAACCUCAAGAAUAUAUUUUGUCUAAUAGUUUGCAAGUUGUAUGGAAAAUGUUUAGUGGAAAGUCCACCAUAACUCUGUAUCCCUUUUUACUUCAUUCAUUAUCAAUGUCAGUAUUUAGUUCUGUAAUCGGACCAUUUGGAGGCUUUUUUGCUAGCGGUUUUAAGAGAGCAUUCAAAAUUAAGGACUUUGGAGAUGUUAUUCCUGGUCAUGGAGGAAUAAUGGAUAGAUUUGAUUGUCAGUAUUUAAUGGCAACAUUUGUAAAUGUCUAUAUAUCUUCGUUUAUCCAAACUGCUUCACCUCAAAAACUUCUGCAGCAGGUUUAUAACUUAAAACCAGAGCAGCAGCUGCAGUUGUUUCAAACUUUAAAAGAUUCCUUACAAAACAGAGGUUUAUUGAAUGUCUAUUGAUGUUCCAGUAUUAACAGUAAUUAUUAAUAAUCAAUUACUUUGAAAUAGUGCAAGGUGUUAGGAAUAUUAUUUCUAACAUUUAUUUUGAUAUUGCGUAAUGUUUGCGCAAACAGCAUUAAUAAUAUUAAUGACAAUGCAUAUGUUAUACAAAUAACAUGAACAAUAUUAGUCGCAAAGUAUCCUAAAUUAAAUUAUAUAACGAUAAAAUUUAUUUUAUAAUUAGAAGCUAAGAAACAUGCAACAUUUGUAGUUCUUUUGCAUUCCGCGUCAAGCAGUCCAUUUUUUACCAAAAAUUUUUAUUAAACUGUAAUAAUGAUAGAAA